CUAAGAUAUACAUAGUCCCAGUUCAGCCAGUAACAUUCUAUGACUAAUGUUAACAAAGUUAUUUUUCAUUGUGUUGAAAGGUUUUGUAUCAUCUCUGACCCAACUUUAUUUUUUGAAGUAUUUUAGGUUUUAAAAAGACCAGAAAUUCGAAAAAUCAUGAUGAUGAUUAUUAAAAUCAGAACUGCUUAUAAAUUAAAAGGAAAAAAAAUGAAUGAUUCAGUCUUUUGUUUUGUUUUUCUCUUCAGGUUCACUUAAACGUGCAAAAAGAUGACCGACCUCUUGAGAAGUGUUGUCACCAUCAUUGAUGUUUUCUACAAAUACACCAGCCAAGAUGAGGAAUGUGCCACACUGAGCACGGAUGAGCUAAAGGAACUUCUGGAGAAAGAGUUUCGGCCAAUUCUGAAGAACCCAGAUGAUCCAGACACAGUGGAUGUCAUUAUGCAUAUGCUGGAUCGAGAUCAUGACCGAAGAUUGGACUUUAAUGAAUUUCUUCUGAUGGUAUUCAAGCUGGCUAUGGCCUGCAACAAGGUUCUCAGCAAAGAAUACUGCAAAGCUUCAGGGUCAAAGAAGCAGAAGCAUGGGAAUUGUCACCGACACCCAGAGGAAGAAAGUGAAACAGAAGAAGAAGAUGAGGAGACAUCAGGACAGAAAUCAGGUUACAAAAAUCUAAGUAGGAGUAAGGGAAAAGAGCAUGGUUAUGGUUCUGAGGGCUCAAGGAGAACUGUGAAACACAGACAUGGGUCCAACUCCUGGAGGCUGGGGAUGCAAGACAGUUCAUCUAGCUUAGGGAACCAAGAGGAAUUUGAGAAAAGGCACCGUGGGUCUAGCUCUAGUCACUCACAGAGUAGUAGCAAAAAAAGACAUGGUUCCACCUCUGGAAAGCUAGAGGAAAGAAGAAACAACUCACAUGUUAGCCCCUCUAGGGAAUCUGGGGAGGAAUCAGAAUCUGAAUGUGAAUCUAAGAGUGGGGGAAGGAAAGGUCAUGGUGGUCUGUCAUGUGGAAUGGAAGUUAGUGGGCAUGAAUCUAACUCUACUCAGUCAAGAAGGAGUGGAGGACAACAGCUUGCAUCUAGCUCUAAAGGUUCAACAGACAAUGGAAGACAAAGCAAUGUAUGUGGUAUUAGCAAUUCAAGUGAGUGUGGAAGAACACAAAAUGUUUUUAGCGCCUGUCAGGCAGGUAGAUGUGGAGGGCAAGGAACUAAAUCUAGAUGUACUCAGUCAGGAUGUAAAUCAGGAUAUAAGGGAAGACAAAGUCACACAUGUAUCUCAGGAGGUCAAUCCUCUGGAUAUGGUCAAUGUAAGCGUAGCUCCAGUAGCCACCCUUUUUCUCAUAGAAGAUGUGAAUCUAGGGCAAGUUGUCAACCACAGAAUUGUGGAAGACAACAAGGAAUAGGAUCAAGUCAGUCUUCUUGCUAUGGACAAUAUGGGUCUGGAGCAUGUCAGUCUUCUAACUGUAGUCAACAAGCAUCUGGUUGCCGUAAACGCUCCAGGAACUCUCAUCAAACACAAUGUGUUUCAAAUGAUGAUUCUAAAUGUGGUGAACAUAGGUCUUGCUCUGGACAGUCCUCUGGUACUGGAAAGAAUGGGUGUGGCUCAGCUCACAUGACCUGUGGCCAACAUGGGUCUGGCUCAGGUCAGUACUCUGGCUAUGGCCAACAACAGUCUAAUCCAGCCAGUCAUGGCCAGGCUAGAUCUCAACAUGGACAGUCUGGAUCCUCUGGCAGAGGAAGACAGGGAUCAACCCACAGACAAUCAGGAGACUCCACCAGACACUCUCAGUCUGCCCAUGGGCAAUCUUCACACACAGGAUCCCACAGCAGUGGAAGAAGGGAAGGAAGUCACAGUGAGGUCAGUGACAGUGAAGGCCAGUCAGUAGUCUCCCAUGGACACUCAGGGUCCAGUCAUGGCCAGGCUACGUCUCAACAUGGACAGUCUGGAUCCUCUGGCAGGGGGAGACAGGGAUCAACCCACGGACAAUCAGGAGACUCCAGCAGACACUCUCAGUCUGCCCAUGGGCAAUCUUCACACUCAGGAUCCCACAGCAGUGGAAGAAGGGAAGCAAGUCACAGUGAGGUCAGUGACAGUGAAGGCCAGUCAGGAGUCCAUCAUGGACACUCAGGGUCCAGUCAUGGCCAGGCUAGAUCUCAACAUGGACAGUCUGGAUCCUCUGGCAGGGGGAGACAGGCAUCAACCCAUGGACAAUCAGGAGAUUCCAGCAGACACUCUCAGUCUGCCCAUGGGCAAUCUUCACACACAGGAUCCCACAGCAGUGGAAGAAGGGAAGCACAUCACAGUGAGGACAGUGACAGUGAAGGCCAGUCAGGAGUCUCUCAUGGACACUCAGGGUCCAGGUCCAGUCAUGGCCAGGCUAGAUCUCAACAUGGACAGUCUGGAUCCUCUGGCAGGGGGAGACAGGGAUCAACCCAUGGACAAUCAGGAGACUCCAGCAGACACUCUCAGUCUGCCCAUGGGCAAUCUUCACACACAGGAUCCCACAGCAGUGGAAGAAGGGAAGCACAUCACAGUGAGGACAGUGACAGUGAAGGCCAGUCAGGAGUCUCUCAUGGACACUCAGGGUCCAGUCAUGGCCAGGCUACAUCUCAACAUGGACAGUCUGGAUCCUCUGGCAGGGGGAGACAGGGAUCAACCCAUGGACAAUCAGGAGACUCCAGCAGACACUCUCAGUCUGCCCAUGGGCAAUCUUCACACUCAGGAUCCCACAGCAGUGGAAGAAGGGAAGCAAGUCACAGUGAGGUCAGUGACAGUGAAGGCCACUCAGGAGUCUCUCAUGGACACUCAGGGUCCAGUCAUGGCCAGGCUAGAUCUCAACAUGGACAGUCUGGAUCCUCUGGCAGAGGGAGACAGGGAUCAACCCACGGACAAUCAGGAGACUCCAGCAGACACUCUCAGUCUGCCCAUGGGCAAUCUUCACACACAGGAUCCCACAGCAGUGGAACAAGGGAAGAAAGUCACAGUGAGGUCAGUGACAGUGAAGGCCAGUCAGGAGUCCAUCAUGGACACUCAGGGUCCAGUCAUGGCCAGGCUACAUCUCAACAUGGACAGUCUGGAUCCUCUGGCAGGGGGAGACAGGGAUCAACCCAUGGACAAUCAGGAGAUUCCAGCAGACACUCUCAGUCUGCCCAUGGGCCAUCAUCACACACAGGAUCCCACAGCAGUGGAAGAAGGGAAGCACAUCACAGUGAGGACAGUGACAGUGAAGGCCAGUCAGGAGUCUCUCAUGGACACUCAGGGUCCAGUCAUGGCCAGGCUAGAUCUCAACAUGGACAGUCUGGAUCCUCUGGCAGAGGGAGACAGGGAUCUACCCAGGGACAAUCAGGAGACUCCAGCAGACACUCUCAGUCUGCCCAUGGGCAAUCUUCACACACAGAAUCCCACAGCAGUGGAAGAAGGGAAGCAAGUCACCAUGAGGUCAGUGACAGUGAAGGCCAGUCAGGAGUCUCUCAUGGACACUCUGGGUCCAGUCAUGGCCAGGCUAGAUCUCAACAUGGACAGUCUGGAUCCUCUGGCAGAGGGAGAAAGGGAUCAACCCACGGACAAUCAGGAGACUCCAGCAGACACUCUCAGUCUGCCCAUGGGCAAUCUUCACACACAGGAUCCCACAGCAGUGGAAGAAGGGAAGCAAGUCACAGUGAGGUCAGUGACAGUGAAGGCCAGUCAGGAGUCCAUCAUGGACACUCAGGGUCCAGUCAUGGCCAGGCUAGAUCUCAACAUGGACAGUCUGGAUCCUCUGGCAGGGGGAGACAGGGAUCAACCCAUGGACAAUCAGGAGAUUCCAGCAGACACUCUCAGUCUGCCCAUGGGCCAUCUUCACACACAGGAUCCCACAGCAGUGGAAGAAGGGAAGCACAUCACAGUGAGGACAGUGACAGUGAAGGCCUGUCAGGAGUCUCUCAUGGACACUCAGGGUCCAGUCAUGGCCAGGCUACAUCUCAACAUGGACAGUCUGGAUCCUCUGGCAGGGGGAGACAGGGAUCAACCCAUGGACAAUCAGGAGACUCCAGCAGACACUCUCAGUCUGCCCAUGGGCAAUCUUCACACUCAGGAUCCCACAGCAGUGGAAGAAGGGAAGCAAGUCACCAUGAGGUCAGUGACAGUGAAGGCCAGUCAGGAGUCUCUCAUGGACACUCAGGGUCCAGUCAUGGCCAGGCUAGAUCUCAACAUGGACAGUCUGGAUCCUCUGGCAGAGGGAGACAGGGAUCAACCCACGGACAAUCAGGAGACUCCAGCAGACACUCUCAGUCUGCCCAUGGGCAAUCUUCACACACAGGAUCCCACAGCAGUGGAAGAAGGGAAGAAAGUCACAGUGAGGUCAGUGACAGUGAAGGCCAGUCAGGAGUCCAUCAUGGACACUCAGGGUCCAGUCAUGGCCAGGCUACAUCUCAACAUGGACAGUCUGGAUCCUCUGGCAGGGGGAGGCAGGGAUCAACCCAUGGACAAUCAGGAGAUUCCAGCAGACACUCUCAGUCUGCCCAUGGGCCAUCUUCACACACAGGAUCCCACAGCAGUGGAAGAAGGGAAGCACAUCACAGUGAGGACAGUGACAGUGAAGGCCAGUCAGGAGUCUCUCAUGGACACUCAGGGUCCAGUCAUGGCCAGGCUAGAUCUCAACAUGGACAGUCUGGAUCCUCUGGCAGAGGGAGACAGGGAUCAACCCACGGACAAUCAGGAGACUCCAGCAGACACUCUCAGUCUGCCCAUGGGCAAUCUUCACACACAGGAUCCCACAGCAGUGGAAGAAGGGAAGCAAGUCACAGUGAGGUCAGUGACAGUGAAGGCCAGUCAGGAGUCCAUCAUGGACACUCAGGGUCCAGUCAUGGCCAGGCUAGAUCUCAACAUGGACAGUCUGGAUCCUCUGGCAGGGGGAGACAGGGAUCAACACAUGGACAAUCAGGAGAUUCCAGCAGACACUCUCAGUCUGCCCAUGGGCCAUCUUCACACACAGGAUCCCAC